AUGAAUUUAAGGAAAUUAUAAAUGAAAGAAAUUAAUCGUCAAUUUUGGGCUUAAUAAUCAAUUACAAAUAGUAGUAUGUUGGGGGGAUAUGAUUAAAUAAAUAAUGUAGACAUUCAACAAUCUGAAUAAUUCUUACUUAGAAAUAUCAAACAAUUUAAUACUAUUUUGGAAUUAGGUUCAGGAGUAGGUAGAAUAUCUGAAUAAUUAUUUAUCAAACAUUUUAAGGAAGUAAUAUGAUUUAUGAAUUAUAGAUUCAUUUAGUUGAAAGAGAGGCCAAAUUUAUUAAUGAAUCCAAGAGAAGACUCAACUAAUUCAAUUGUUUAUAUUAUUAAAUGCCUGUAGAACAAUUUGAGCCUAAAAAUUAUUUUGAUUGCAUAUGGAUAUAAUGGAUAAGUAUGUAUCUAACAGAUUCAGAUUUUUGUAAUAUGCUCUAAAAAUUCAAAAAAUACCCAAUCAUACUUAAGGAGAAUGUAUCUACUUAAGAUUAUUAAUUUGAUGAUGAAGAUGCUUCAAUCACUAGAUCAGAGAAAAUAUAUGAAAUUUUAAUAAAAAAAUGCGGGUUUAAAAUAGUGGAUGAAGAAUUUUAAUAAGGAUUGCCAACUGAUAUUUAUAAGAUUAAGUUAUACUUUCUUAAGCAUCUAGAGUUCUGA